AUGCUUCCUGUCCAACGCGCGCGAUUGUAUCUGGGGAAAUUGUCACUCGUCUCACAUCACCGAACACUCACUUCCAAUCCCGGAAUUGCACGGCACAAAGCCGGCUACACGACAGUCCUGCGACGUUUCUCAUCAUCCGCCACGUCCGCCUCAGGUCACCCAUUGCUUCACCUCAGACGCCUUCCGCUCUUGCUCAGGCCUACACCUGCCUCGCCACAUACUGCAACUGCACGCCGCAGCAUCACAGCCUCCAUAAAUCCUUCGCCCAUCAUGAUAGCAGAGCUAGGAAGAAGUGUCGAAGGGAGACAGCGGAUUGAGGAUCUGGAGAGACCGCAACUGGAUGACCGCUCAUAUCGCAUCUUCACUCUCCAGAAUCAGCUCGAAGUACUCCUCAUACACGAGGCCGGGACAGACAAGGCCAGCGCGGCAUUGGAUGUCAAUGUGGGCAGCUUCAGCGAUGCGCCUGACAUGCCGGGUAUUGCGCAUGCCGUCGAGCACCUGCUGUUCAUGGGAACCGAGAAAUACCCCGAAGAAAACGCGUACAACAAAUAUCUGACGAGUCACGGUGGUUACUCGAAUGCCUUCACCGCCGCCACUUCCACCAACUAUUACUUCGAGUUGUCCUAUCCAUCCACUGCCAACAGCAAGCCGCCUUCGCCAACACCAUCAGUUACCCAACUGCCAGAGUCCAAGGAGAAGUCACCGCUGUGGGGUGGACUGGACCGAUUUGGCCAGUUCUUCAUCAGUCCACUCUUCCUCGAAGACACGGUGGACCGCGAACUAAAGGCCGUGGACUCGGAAAACAAGAAGAACCUACAAAACGACACAUGGCGCUUACAUCAACUUAACAAGGCCUUGGCGAACCCAAAUCAUCCCUAUAAUCACUUCUCCACUGGGAGCUACAAGACCUUACAUGAUGAUCCAAUUGCACGUGGCGUCAAGAUUCGCGACGAAUUCAUCAAGUUCUACUCGACACACUACUCAGCCAACCGGAUGAAGCUGGUGGUGUUGGGUCGUGAAAGCUUAGAUACGCUUGAGGAAUGGGUCGAAGAAAUCUUUGCCAAAGUGCCAAACAAAGAUCUAGAGCUCCUCCGUUGGGACAUACCAGUCUACACCGAAAAUGAGCUCCUGACACAGACCUUUGCCAAGCCAGUGCUGGAGUCGAGAUCACUAGAUAUUCAAUUUGCCUAUCGUGACGAGGAAAACUUCUACGAAUCCCACCCUUCUAGAUAUCUGAGUCACUUGAUCGGUCACGAAGGCCCUGGCAGCAUUCUGGCCCUGAUCAAGGCAAAAGGGUGGGCAAACGGUCUAGGAGCUGGAGGUUCUACGUUGUGUCCUGGUUCGGGUCUGUUCAGUAUCAACGUCAAGCUGACCGAGGAGGGACUCAAAAACUACAAGGAGGUUGCAAAGUUGAUCUUCCAAUACAUCGGCAUGAUCCGGGAUCAGCCGCCCCAGGAAUGGGUAGUGCAAGAGCAAAUGAGAAUCACCGAGGUAGCUUUCCGCUUCAAGCAAAAGAGUCCACCCAGCCGUACCGUAAGCGGACUGGCAGGCACCAUGCAAAAACCAUACGCUCGAAACCUACUCCUCAGCGGUCCAGCUACGAUCCGCAAGUUUGAUGCCAAGCUAAUUAGCGAGGCCAUGUCGUACCUGCGACCCGAUAAUUUCAACUUGAGAAUCAUCAGCCAAGAGUUCCCGGGUGGCUGGGACCAAAAGGAAAGGUGGUAUGGUACAGAGUACAAGCAGGAAAGGAUACCUCAAGAUUUCCUCGCCGAAAUCCAGGAAGCAUUCGAAAGCAAGGACAGACCAGCUGAGCUGCACUUCCCUCACAAGAACGAAUUCAUUCCUAGUCGCCUAGACGUGGAGAAGAAGGAGGUUGAGCAGCCAGCGAAAGAACCGAAGCUGAUAAGGAAUGAUGAGAAUGUCCGCAUCUGGUGGAAGAAGGACGACCAGUUUUGGGUGCCCAAGGCCAACGUGCACAUUUACUUCCGAACACCAAUCACAAAUGUCACUGCACGCGUUGUCUUGCUGUGCACAAUGUACCGCGAACUCGUCAACGAUGCCUUGGUAGAGUACACAUACGAUGCUGAUAUUUCCGGUCUAGUCUACGACUUUACCAACCACAUGAGCGGCCUAUCUAUCACGGUAAGUGGCUACAAUGAUAAGUUGCAUGUCUUGCUGGAGAAGGUACUGCUUCAGGUUCGCGACCUUGAAGUCCAUGAGGAUCGCUUCCGGAUUGUCCACGACCGCAUGACGCGCUCGCUGAGGAACUGGGACUAUGGCCAGCCUUUUCAGCAGGUUGGAACCUAUUCGCGGCAGUUCAAGAGCGAGACAUCAUUCUUGAACGCUGAGCUGCUCAAAGAGCUUGAGGGUGUGACAGCGCGAGAUGUGCAGCAAUUCUUCCCACAAAUCCUGGCGCAAUGUCAAAUUGAAAUCCUUGCACACGGAAAUCUGUACAAGGAGGAAGCCUUGAAAAUCACAGAUCUCGUGGAACGAACCGUCAAGCCGAAAAAGCUACCUGCAAGCCAGCUGCCAAUUCGACGCAACCUGAUCCUACCAUCCGGUAGCAACUUCAUUUUCGAAAAGGAGCUCAAGGAUCCAGCUAAUGUCAAUCACUGCAUCGAGUACAGUUUGUACGUGGGACAUCGCUACGAUGACGCGGUCCGCGCCAAACUGCAGCUGCUUGGACAAAUGACGGAUGAGCCGUGCUUCAAUCAGCUGCGAACCAUCGAACAGCUCGGGUAUGUCGUCUUCUCAGGCCCGUCGUUCCACGACGUCUGGUCCGGCUACCGUAUCCUCAUCCAGAGCGAAAGAGACUGCCGAUACCUCGAAGGUCGCAUUGAGAAUUUCUUGAACACUUUUGAGGGCAUGCUCAACGAGAUGAGCGAGGAAGACUUUGAGAGCCAUAAAAAGGCGAUUAUUAACAAACGUCUUGCCAAGCUAAAGAAUUUGUCUUCGGAAGAUGACAGAUUCUGGAAUCAUAUCUAUAGUGACUCGUAUGAUUUCCGACAAGCCGAGACGGACGCCGAGGUUAUUGACGCGCUUACGAAGCAAGACAUGGUCGAUUUCUAUGCUCGCUACAUUUCCACAUCAUCCUCGCAGCGUGCAAAGCUUUCGGUACAUUUGCAGGCGCAAGCCAAGGCCAAGGAGCCCUCGCUCGAUGAGAAGAAGAGUGCAGCUGUGGAAGCACUCAAGAUUAUUCUUACAGAGCACAAGAUGACACAUGAUGAUGCCAAGCUGGACUCCCACAUGACGGAUGCUUCGUCGACGGAUGCCAUUGCGGAUGCCGUUGCCAAACACCUGUUUGAAGAUCUCAAGCUCGACAAGAACAUUGCAGGCAAGGUACUCGACGAAGCGAAGGCUGCUAUGGGCAUGGCAGAAUCAGGCCUGCCUGCGGAGCCCAAGGCUCUCGACGAGACGGCGGAUGUGCAGCGCGUAGUGGACGCGUCGCAUCCUGUGCUGAUUAAAGAUGUUCAUGCCUGGAAGGCGAGUAUGCAGCUGAGUACUGGCGUACGGCCUGUAAGGCCUCUGGAGGACUUUGUCGAGGUGGCGGAGAAGUUGUGA